AUGUUACCCAAUACCGGGAAAUUGGCAGGAUGUACAGUUUUUAUCACAGGAGCAAGCCGUGGUAUUGGCAAAGCUAUUGCAUUGAAAGCAGCAAAGGAUGGAGCAAAUAUUGUCAUUGCUGCGAAGACCACUCAAGCACACCCCAAACUCCCAGGCACAAUCUAUACUGCUGCUGAAGAAAUUGAAGCCGCUGGAGGAAAGGCCUUGCCAUGUAUUGUUGAUGUGAGAGAUGAACAGCAAAUCAGUAAUGCAGUAGAGAAAGCAGUUGAGAAAUUUGGAGGAAUUGAUGUCUUGGUGAAUAAUGCCAGUGCUAUUAGCUUGACCAACACAUUGGAAACACCUACGAAGAGGGUGGAUUUGAUGAUGAGUGUCAACACCAGAGGCACCUACCUUACGUCUAAAGCAUGUAUUCCUCAUUUGAAAAAGAGUAAAAUUGCUCAUAUUCUCAAUCUCAGCCCACCACUGAACCUAAAUCCACUGUGGUUCAAACAGCACUGUGCUUAUACCAUUGCUAAGUAUGGUAUGUCUAUGUGUGUGCUUGGAAUGGCAGAAGAAUUUAAAGGUGAAAUUGCAGUCAAUGCAUUAUGGCCUAAAACAGCCAUACACACGGCUGCUAUGGAUAUGCUGGGAGGAUCCGGUAUUGAAAGCCAAUGCAGAAAAGUUGACAUCAUUGCAGAUGCUGCGUAUUCUAUUUUAAAAAAGCCUAAAAGUUUUACUGGUAACUUUAUUAUUGAUGAAAAUAUCUUAAAAGAAGAAGGAAUAAAAGAUUUUGAUGUCUAUGCAAUUAAACCAGGCCAUCCUUUGUUACCAGAUUUCUUCUUAGAUGAAUACCCGGAUACAAUUACCAAGAAAAUGGAAUCACAUGGUGCUGGUACACAGUUGAAAGAAGAGCAGCAGCCACCAUCAAAACCACCUUCUGGAGCUGUGAAAGAAACAUUCAAAAUUGUUAAGGCCUCUCUCAGUGAUGACCUUGUUAAAGCCACUCAGGCAGUUUAUCAGUUUGAACUCUCGGGUGAAGAUGGUGGAACAUGGUUUCUUGAUCUUAAAAACAAGGGUGGAAAUGCCGGAUAUGGAGAGCCAUCUGAUCAGGCAGAUGUGGUGAUGACUAUGUCUACUGAUGAUUUUGUAAAAAUGUUUUCAGGAAAACUGAAACCAACAAUGGCCUUCAUGUCAGGAAAAUUGAAGAUUAAAGGAAAUAUGGCACUAGCAAUCAAAUUGGAGAAGCUAAUGAGUCAGAUGCAAGCCAAGCUGUGA